AUGGCUGCCAUGGAGGAGCUGCAGAUCCACAGCAAGUCGUACUUCGUACGCUGGAUCAGCGUCAGCGCCGGUCACACCAUCUCUUGGAGCAUCCAGCCACACAAGAAGUCGAUCAACUUUGGCAUCUUCAAGCACCCCGGCCAGUCCUCUCUCGGGGCUCAUUUACCAACCUCCGACUCUCAUAGCACCGACUCCAAUGAGAAUCUACCAGCAACUGCCGCGGCCUCCGGCUCACGACACCAGCCGUCAAGUGUCGUUGACAAGCUGACGGGAAUUGGUCUCAAGUCGAUCAAGUGGGUGGGCAAAUGUGAGGCCGACAAGAUCUCAAAGGGUACAUACGAUGUUUCUGAUGCAGGAAACUACGCGCUCGUCUUCGACAAUACCUUCUCCAAACAAGUCUCGAAACAAGUCACCCUCGUACUGUUGACCUAUCCCACCGGUCUCCAGCCGCAUGGAUCCGCCGUCGCGUCGGCUUUGACCCCAUCAAACGCCAGCGCCUCGAAUGAGUCGCUACCACAAUCAAAGGGCCGCCGACGGGGUAAUAGUAGAGGGUCCGCUCUAAAUCGAGCACAGUCUGACUUGUCAUCGCCCCCAAAUGUACACAGCGGUAUUUUGCAGAAGCGCCGGAGGAAGCGCGGUCAGGGCUGGGCACGUCGCUAUUUCUCGUUGGACUUCGAUUCUUCAACGCUAUCUUAUUAUCAUGACCCGAAUUCCGCUGCUCUCCGCGGCGCCAUCCCGCUCUCGUUGGCUGCGGUGGCUACAAACGAAAAGUCCCGCGAAAUUUCCAUUGAUUCUGGAACUGAGAUCUGGCAUCUUCGUGCAAGUAACGACCAUGAGUUUACUUCAUGGAAACGCGCUUUAGAACGGGCCUCUUCUCGAGAGACACCAAAUGCGGGAGGCCUGAUCCCUGCUGGUGCCCCCCAACUGCGGCUUUCCACCCCGACGGCAGGGUCUCCCGAAGAGGAAAGGGAAUGGACUCAGGUCGAGAGCCUGGUGAGCAAGAUAUCCGGCUCGCGGGAUGCUGUGCGCCGUUUGGCAAAGGACACCGAUCCUAAGUAUAUCACUUCACCGCUGCCGUCCCCUUUGCCUGUAGAAAGGGCCCGCGGUCGAUCGCCAAGCCCCAACCCUCACGGCCAUGAUGCUCAUGCGGUUGAUCCGAAGAGACCGUUCUGGAAACGUAAGGCCAGUGGGAAUUCGUCUUCCAGUGGUAAGCAGGCCAAUCACCAUCCGUCUCAGUUGAUAGUGCCUACGCCGGACGGCUCUGGCAAACCUGCUAGCAUCCGGAGCCAGAAUGAUAGCAUGGAUCAAAAUGUACAUGACCACUUGAUGGCGAUCCUUCGAGACUUGGAUGGCGUUGUCUCCGAAUUCUCAUCUCUUAUUGACGAAAGCAAGCAACGCCGCCACCCUCCGCGUCAUGUGGCAGCAUCUCGGCGCAGUAUGGAAUCAGAUAUCUCCCAAGAGUUUUUUGAUGCGACGGAUGGCGGUGUCACAUCUCCACUGCUUACAAUCCAAGAUAGCGAUGAUGCCGAUAGAUUUGACAACGCCGCUGGGGAAGUAGAAGACGAUGCACCUUCCGACAGUGAGGAUGACCGCGAAUCCACUGUGCACGAUGCGACCAACGCCUCCCCUCUUUUCCCAGCCCGCCCGAAGUCUUUAGCUCCUCUUCCUCUCGAUGCUGUCAAACGUCGGAACAAUAUUACAGCCCCUACCGUCAUGCCCCCCAGCUUGAUAGGAUUCUUGCGCAAGAACGUGGGCAAGGAUCUUUCCCAAAUCUCCAUGCCGGUCUCCGCCAACGAGCCGUUGUCUCUAUUGCAGCGUGCCGCGGAGAUCAUGGAAUAUUCCUCGCUCCUCGACAAAGCCGCUCAGUGCUCUGAUCCUGUUGAACGCUUGAUGUAUGUGACUGCCUUUGCCAUUUCCUAUAUCUCUUCCAACCGGGUCCGAGAACGAUCUAUUCGCAAACCUUUCAAUCCCAUGCUCGGCGAGACAUACGAACUCGUCCGUGAAGACCAAGGCUUCCGUUUCAUUGCGGAGAAAGUGUCUCACCGUCCCGUCCAACUGGCCUACCAAGCCGAUAGCCGCGAAUGGAGUCUUGCCCAAUCACCAAUGCCAUCUCAGAAAUUCUGGGGCAAGUCUGCCGAGAUCAUUACUGAGGGCCGUGUCCGCCUCAUUUUCCACAGCACUGGCGAGCGCUACUCCUGGAUCCAAGCCACCUCAUUCCUGCGCAACAUCAUUGCUGGCGAAAAGUACGUCGAACCCGUCGGCGAAAUGACAGUUGCCAACGAGUCAACCGGCCACCGCACCAUCUCCACCUUUAAAGCCGGCGGUAUGUUCUCCGGCCGCAGCGAAGAAGUGGCAACCCGCGCCGUGGACUCCAAUAACAAACCCCUUUCUCUCGGUCUCGCUGGUACUUGGCCGACUUCCAUCUCUCUUACCCGUGACGGUGCCCCAUCGGGCUCUCCCAUCUGGACCGCCGGUCCGCUUGUCCCCAACUCCCCCAAGCAUUAUGGCCUGACCUCCUUCGCUGCUACACUGAACGAGAUCACCCCCAUUGAGAAGUCCCGCCUCCCGGCUACGGACUCGCGUCUGCGACCUGACCAGCGUGCCCUUGAGGAUGGCGAUCUAGAUCGUGCUGAGGAAGUCAAGGUUCAACUGGAAGAGGCGCAGCGUGCUCGGCGACGCGAGAUGGAAGCCUCGGGCGAAAGCUGGUCUCCGCGCUGGUUUACUCGCGUUGCGGAGGAUUCGGGCGACGAAACUGUUUGGAGGCUUAAGGGUGGAAAGGAUGGAUAUUGGGAUGAGCGGGCCCGGGGUAACUGGAGCGGUAUUGUGGAUGUGUUUGAGGUUUAA